AUAAUGGAUGGCUGUUAUCGCGGAGCAGAGUGCGCACGCGCCUGAUUUAUGUUUAUGCGUCGAUUUGAUAAUUCUAUUCGGAUUAUAUCACAAUCGUUGCGCAAACAGCGAGCGUUGUAGAACACAUAAUCUUUUUUUUGUAGCGGUUGUUUGUAAACAUGUCGAAACUCGUCCGUACUUUGAUUCGCACACCGAAGGCUCCCUUGUCGAUUGGACCAUACAAUCAAGCAGUCAAAUUCAACAAUGUGGUCUAUUUAUCGGGAGUCUUGGGAGUGGACGUGAAAACGAACAAAUUGGUAACUGGCGGCGCCGCAGUUGAAGCUAAAAUGGUGCUCACCAAUAUGGCGAACAUUCUGGCCGCAGCCGGUUCGGGUUUCGAUAAAGUCAUCAAAAGCACCGUCAUGCUCAACGACAUCAAUGACUUUGCGGCGGUUAAUGAAGUUUACAAACAAUUUUUCACCAAGGACUUUCCAGCUCGGUCCACAUUCCAAGUCGGCAAGCUUCCAGCGGGCGCAACAGUUGAAAUUGAAGCAAUCGCUGCAUGCGGUGAUGUCUCCACGGAAGUCCUCGACUUAUCUAGCAAGAUGUAAGCAAUACUCGUCACGGGUAGGACCCACACUUGGGGAAACCCUCCGGAACAGGUAUGUCGCCAUCUUCUCCGACUUUAAACACCAGCGCCAUGCCCAUUUCCGUGUGAUAAUCAAUAUGGCAAUGGAAGAGCCAGUAGCCUGCGAAUCGCCAUUUUGAUUUUUAGUGUUAUAGUAAAUAGUUUUUUAUACCACG